CACACGACUCCGGAACAACCAGCGUCCACCUUCCCGUCACCUGAACUUGAAUCACAGUUCGAGUAGGGGACCCUCCUGCAGAGCACGUGGCCUCGCUCGACACCGAUUUCACGGAUUUUCCGUGAUAUCACCGGUCACCGUUCACACCACCAAUUCUUAUAUCCACGUUUCGAAUUUGCCCCUCCUUGUCCGACCAUUCUUUCUCUUUCAUUAGGUUUCUCUAAAACCCUCUCACCCCGUUCUUCACUAGUUCUCUCUAUCCCUCCCUCUGCAAAAAUUUUACUGAAGAGAGGGAGAGUUAACUAUGGGAGCUCUGGCUCCAGUGACGUCAUGGACGCCGGAGGACGAUCUUUUGUUGAAAAACGCUGUGGAGGCUGGUGCCUCCUUAGAAUCUCUUGCUAAAGGUGCAGUGCAGUUUUCCCGAAAAUUCACUAUUAGGCAGCUGCAAGAACGAUGGCAUGCGCUUCUUUACGAUCCUGUGGUUUCUGCAGAGGCUUCCUUUCGCAUGAUUGAGUUAGAGCGAUCUGCUUCAGUGCUUCCAUCAAAGUUCAACAAGGCAGGGAAUUCAAAAGUAAACAAAAGUAGUUCUGGGAAGAGAAAAGGUGAAAGCCUCUGUAGUUCUUACUAUGCUCUGCGGAAAAGAAUCCAAAAUGAGUCAUUUGGUUCCAUGGAUCUUAGUUUUCUUGGCCCUCCUAGUAGUAGCAACUACAUAGAUGGUGCAACUGACCCUUUAUCUGGAAGUUGCAUACUGGGAGAUCCCAUUUCAAAUCAAUUUGGAUUCCAGGAAUCAAAAUUGGAUGUCGUGCAUCAUGCUUUUCCACAAAUUUUGGUGGAGGGUGAUGUUACUGCUGAGAAUGGUGUUGCUACCCAUGUUUUUCAAACAGGUCUUCAAAUUCCUGUUGAAGGAGAUUGUCCUAUGGAGCAAGAUACAAUACAGAAAGAACUGCCAGCACACAGUCUGUAUGGUGCUGAUAAUUCUAGUAUGAAACAUCUCUCAACAUAUGACCAAAUAAACGGUGAUCCAGGAAAUAUGUGCAAUGAAUUUGAAGGAAAACAGGUCUUUAAUUCUUCCAUUCCUGAGUGUGACGUAUCUUUCCAGAACUUGGAUUUUUCGUCUCCACUUCCUGAGAUGCCAAUCUGGAGAACAGUUGAAGGCAUUUCUGUAGCAGCCAUCACGGUAGAUGUAGAUCUAAAAGAGAGAGAUUUGCACGCUAGGGAAACAUUUUCACUUGUCAAUAAUGGUGAUGCUAAGGACACAACCACAUCAGGGUAUACUGAUAUACAAACAAACUCCAAGUUGAAGCAGCAGAUGCUGUGUGAUGAAUCUAAAAGUCCUAGUGCCAGCACAGAAGUUUUUCUUGCCGAGCUCUCCAACUCCCUUUUGGACUUUACUAAUGAUGAUGAACUUCUUUUCAUGGAUGUUGAUGGGAAGGAUGGGAUUGAUAAGUCUUACUAUGAUGGUCUGAGCUCCCUUUUGUUGAGUUCACCGGCAGAUUUUGAUAAAAAUUGCAUGCCACAUGGAACUGAACCCGGGGUAUCAGUCACUUCGGACUGUAUUACAAAUCAACCUGGUGCAUGUCCUGGGGAAUUUAAUGGCAACCAAGAGUUGCGAUGUGGUGAUAAUAUUGUUUGCAACUCAGAGGUUCAAUGGCCACCCUCUGUAUCAGUUUCAAACACACAGUUUACUGAUAUGAUUGAUGGAGUAAUUUGCUGUAUGUUAAAUACUGAAGACCCUGAAAUUCCAUGCAAUGAUGAUGUUACAUUUCCAAAACAAUUGCGUUCAUCAGUUUCUGCUGUGGCACGACGAAAUCUUGUAGCUGAUAAUAAAACGUUUGCAUCAGCAAAGGUUUUGCCAAGCAAUCAAAAAACUAGUGGAGGUCCAGCUUUGAUGCAGAGAGAUCUUCAAAAUCCCAGUCCAUCUCGUCCAUCUUCGCAUAUUAGUGAAGCACAACUUAUGUCAGGGGGAUUACACCAUCUAGUUGGUGAUCGUGGGGUGAAAUUUGAGGUGCCCAAUAAGGACUCCACCCAUGUUACAACCAGUUGUGUGGCCAAUGCUUGUGGUAGUUCAGCUCAGAUUCCUUCAGCUAAUUUUAGUGCAGACACUUGCCUCCCUGCUGCUUUAAAGGAUGAGACCACUGAAUUUGCUGUGCCGAAGCAUCUUGAUAGAAGAUCAAUUGUUUCUCUUAUGGAGAAGCCAGCUCUGGGAUCAGAUAGCUCUACAAGAUAUCCCCAGAGGCAUGCCAGUGACAUUAAACAAGAGCUUGAUGAGACAGCAACAACCCAAAAUUAUGAAGUAUCAGAUGCGAAUAUGGGGUCUGUAAAUGUGGCGGCCACAGAACACCAUGCAGAACCUCCAAAAUCAGAUUUAGAGGAGCUGCCUAUUGAAAGUGAUGUACCCUAUUUCUCAGAUGUUGAGGCAAUGAUACUGGAUUUGGACUUGGAACCAGAAGACCAAGAUUUGUACUCUAACGAAGAAGUGUCAAGAUAUCAACACAAGGAUGCUAAGAAGGCGAUAAUAAGACUGGAGCAGGGUGUUGGUUCGUAUAUGCAAAGAGCCAUUGCAUCACAUGGAGCACUUGCCAUUUUAUAUGGCCGGCAUUCCAAGCAUUAUAUCAAGAAACCUGAGGUUAUACUUGGUAGAGCAACGGAAGAUCUAACUCUUGACAUUGACCUGGGAAGAGAAGGGCGUGCCAAUAAAAUAUCGCGACGGCAGGCAACUAUAAGCUUGGAUAAAGGUGGAUCUUUCAGUCUGAAAAAUCUUGGCAAGUGUUCUAUUUUCGUGAACGGCAAGGAAGUAGUUGCUGGGCAGAGUUUAGGCCUUAGCCCCAGUUGUUUAAUUGAGAUAAGGGGAAUGUCAUUCGUAUUUGAGCUGAACCAAAGUCGUGUGGAGAGGUAUCUGGAUGGCAUCGCGAAGACGAAUCAAGCCCAGGAGCACCAAGUUUGAUGGCUGCAGAUGUGGCUGUUUAUGAAAGCAGAAUCAAAAACUCACCUGGCAGAUGUAAAAGUGCUCAAGGAUCUGAAGAACAGUGUGGAGCCAAGUUCAAUGGUGACUGGAUCAUGCCUGAGCUCAUGGGACUUCUCAGUCGACCCAUGUGAC